AUGCUGACCGCUGACGAUGGGGGUGCCGCUGCUGUCGUGGGUGGAGGUGAGUGCGCAACGACAAGAAGGGCAACACCAACAACAACCCGUUCAGCUACGUCUUUGCGCGUAUUUUACUUUGUUGACGAGUCCACAACGGCCAUCGCAUACGCAGAGGGACACGUGAUGCGUCCCUCUCGCGUUCGCGUGCUGCAUUCCCUUGUUCGAUCACUGGGGCUAGACACGUACAUGAAGAUAUGUCAGCCCCGCCCGGCGACCCCACAGGAACUGCGAGGGUUUCAUUGCUCGGCCUACGUGGAGUGUCUACAGAAGGCACCCGUUAUUUGCGGCAACCCACUGGAUGGUGCGUCACUGUCGUAUCAAAAGGCGUUUGAGGUGCCGGUGUAUUCUUGUGACGGGGACUGUCCGCUUUUUCCCGAGGUUUGGAAGAUGGUGGCGAGCCAGGCCGGUGCCUCCAUUGCUUGUGGAGAGGCGCUCUGCCGCGGUGAGGCGGACGUUGCCAUCAACUGGGCUGGCGGCAUGCACCAUGCUGCGGCGUCCCACGCGAGUGGGUUUUGUUUUGUGAACGACAUUGUCCUGUGCAUUCAGCGACUGCUGCGUCGCUUUCAGCGGGUGCUUUACCUGGACCUCGACGUCCACCACGGGGACGGUGUGGAGGCGGCCUUUUACGGCAACACACGGGUCAUGACGGUUUCGCUGCACCAAUUUGGCAACGGCUUUUUCCCCGGCACCGGUAACUACGGUGGCCCUGAGACGGCGAGGGGCUUUGCGGUCAACGUUCCCCUUACCGCACGCACGGGCGACGCCACGUACUGUCUGUUUUUUCGCACCGUCUUAACUGCCGUUGUGCGCUGCUUUGACCCAGAGGCAGUUGUCCUUCAGUGUGGAGCAGACGCCAUCGUUGGUGACCUCAUCGGUCGACUCAACAUCACAACCGCCGCUCACGCUCGGUGUCUCGCGGAAGUGCUACAGCUUCGGCUGCCUACGGUUCUACUAGGGGGAGGCGGGUACCAUGUCUUCAACACGGCACGCUGCUGGGCAAUAGAUACGGCCACGGCGCUUGGGCGGCAGCUGCCGUGCUAUGUCCCCCGCCACGACCCCUACUAUGAGGAGUACCGUCGGGAGUGCGCACCCCACCGCCCGACACUGCACGUUUAUCUUGAUCCAGAAGUUGAUCGGCCUCUCACAUUGCGCAGCGCAUGGGGGGAAUGGUGCAAGCUGUGUCGGAGCAUUACGGCACAGAUGAGGUACGCGCGUAUAGUGCGAGAGUUGUUUCUUCGCGCCAUUUCUGAAUCGACGGUUAAGAGGUGUAGGGACGGCGCCGAUAUUUCUGUUGAUGGGAAACAUGAUGUAGGUUGA